CUAACCUUAUAACUCGGAUAAAAGGAAUAGAGGAACCGUGUGUUUUUCUUAUGUGUUUUCCUAACCUUAUAACUCGGAUAAAAGGAAUAGAGGAACCCAAAAAUAACUAUCCCAAACUCAAAUCAUGAGCUUCACAUUCAUCAAACCCUCUAUUCCUAGUCCUACAUUGGAAUUGCUGCACCCUUUCAGUAAAUCACAGCUAAGGCAUUGUCCAACCUCACCUUUUGGAAAUAAUGCAGGCAGGAGGCACCAGAUUGAAAUAAACAGAGUGAAGGCACUCCCAGAUUGGCCAUUAAUGGCAGUAUUAGUUGAGCAUAUGGAAGGUCAAAGAGACCUCAUAACUCAUAAAUCUGUUUGGCAUCUUAGUGAUGAAGCCAUGAAGAAUGUCUAUACAUUUUACAUCAUGUUCACUGUUUGGGGAUGCUGUUUCUUCGGUUCUACCAAAGAUCCUUACUAUGAUUCAGAACAAUACAGAGGAGAUGGAGGUGAUGGUACUGGACAUUGGGUCUAUGAGAAGCAAGAAGACAUCGAAGAAGAAGCGAGAGCAGAGCUGUGGCGUGAUGAACUGAUAGAGCAGAUUGAACAAAAGGUUGGGAGUCUUCGAGAGCUUGAAGAAGCUGGGAAGAAGGAACAGUUGGUCAAAUGAUCAUCUUUAUAUGUGCUAAGAACAAACUUUAUGAUGCUUCCCAGUUAUGUAUAUACAAUAUAUGAUUUCCAGUUCUAUACAACAUGGCUGUUUUGCCUUAAUUCAGUGUUAUGUUGCAAAACUCAGAUUUCCCCUUCAAAAUGUUGUCUUAAUGAACUGUCACAAUAUCAACAUUUGCACUGUACAGAAUCA